GACCUGCAGCAGAAACACGGAGAGGUCAGACCGUGAAAUGAAAGGGAAGUGCAAGAGGAAGAGGAGGAGGAGGUGCAAAGGCAAAGAACACGGCAACAUGCUAUCAACCCUCAUCAGUCCCAUGAGACACUGGGAUACUGGAGCAUCAUCACCUGAGGAUGCAGACAAUUCAAGUUCUAGCAGUUUGGAGGUGAAAGAGAAUCAGGAUGAUAAAAUCCAGGUGGACUGUGACCUGCUCCGAAAAUAUCGCCCAUCAAACUUUUGCACAACUUUCCCCAGACACGGAGCAAGAGCCCUGAAGAGGAAGCAGCCGUUGGUGGAUGGAAGAGACCGGCUGCUUUGCCAGAGCCACUUGACUUGUAAAAGAGCGGCGUGGGCCGUGUCUCAGAAGAACGCAGUGGUGCAGCUGAACGAGUUACGACCCGGGCUGCGAUACGAGAUCACGUCAAAGACUGGGCCUCUGCACGCACCAGUGUUUUCUGUAGGUGUGGAGGUCAACGGCCUCCGCUUUGAGGGUCGGGGACCGACAAAGAAGCAGGCUAAGAUGAGGGCUGCAGAGCUGGCUCUCCGGUCAUUCAUCCAGUUCCCAAAUGCCUCCCAGGCUCACGCUGUUCUGGGGAACUUCACCGGCACACCUGCAGAUUUCACAGCAGAUAAACUGGACAUUACCGACGCGUUCCUCAAAGAGUUUGAGCCAUCGUUGCUAGGAAACUGUGAUGUCCUGCACUGCAGCACAGCCAAAAAGGAGGUUUUCUCCAGCAUUUACAACCACAAACGACUUCUUCACCUCACACUGGACUUAGUCUCCUCGACAAAUCCCAAAAGACGAGCCCCCGGCACCUCGCUCUUAGAGCACCUCAGCCCAGUGGCGCUGCUCAACGAGCUGCGACCAGGACUCAGAUAUAUGUGCCUGGCGGAAAGAGUCCACGGCAGGUUGAUCAGGAAUUUUGUAAUGGUGGUUCGGGUGGAGGGCAGGGUGUUUGAAGGGUGUGGUCAUAGUAAGAGACUGGCAAAGGCACAGGCAGCAGUGGCUGCCCUCCAGUCUCUUUACAACAUAAGUCUGGGACCAGAGAGGAAGGUCAUGGGCCUCCAGGGCAGCAGAGCCAGAAAUCAGCUACCUCAGUUCUUCGCGGAGUCGAUCUUCCACCUGGUGAGAGACAAAUACACAGAGUUGACAGACAGUUGUUUCUCUACCUCGCACGCCCGUCACAAGGUCCUGGCAGGGAUCGUAAUGACCACAGGGUUUGACCUCAGAUCAGCCCAGGUUGUGUCUCUGGCCACAGGGACUAAGUGUCUGGACUUGGACAGUGUGAGCGGCCGCGACUCGACGCUCAGCGACUGUCACGCGGAAGUCGUCAGCAGAAGGGCGCUGGUUCGAUUCCUGUACGCUCAGCUGGAGCUGCUGCUCUGUAAGUCGGCAGACGGUGAAGAACAGUCGAUCUUUGUACCAAAUAAAGGCGGCGGCAGCUUACGGCUGCGGGACGGUGUCCUCUUCCACAUGUACGUCAGCUCGUCACCGUGUGGAGACGCUCGACUCAACUGCCCCUACGAGACCACAGCUGCAUAUCCCAGCAGGAGGUUUCGUUGUCACCUCAGGGUGAAGGUAAAUGGAGGUGAGGGGACACUGCCUGUCACGGCGCGGAGAGCCAAUCAGAAACGGGACGGUGUGUCGCUGGGCAAACCUCUGGUCACCAUGUCCUGCACUGACAAAAUGGCAAAGUGGAGCGUUGUGGGAAUCCAGGGGGCACUCCUGACCCACCUGGUGGAGCCAGUUUACCUGCACAGCCUGACCGUGGGGACGCUGAGCCACACGGGUCACCUGGCCAGAGCCUUGACACGCCGCCUCGCACCUGUUAAGCACCUGCCCUUCCCCUACCGACGACGGCAGCUGCUGCUCGGCUGUCUGAGCAGCAGCGAGGUCCGGCCGGCGGGGAGGGCCCCAAACAUCAGCAUGAACUGGAGCCGUGGUGACAGAGGCCUGGAGGAGAUCAGCACCUCCACAGGAAGGAGGAAGGACUCUGGGACACCGUCACAGCUCUGCAGGAGCUCCCUGUUUGCCCGCUGGCAGAGGCUGCAGCAUCAGUUGAAUGGCCAGAUAUCGGGCUCAGAAGCCACAACAGGGACAUAUUGUGGUUCCAAAAUGACUGCCGAACGCUAUCAGAGGGCGUUGCAGCAGUUUACCGGCGCUCUGCAGGGCGGAGGUCUGGGAACGUGGCUCAGAAAACCUCCGGAGCUGGGUUACUUAAACGUCAGUGUGUGAAAAACUCUGUUAGAGGUGAAUAUGGAGGGUUAGGGUGGCGUUCAUGUGUGUUUUCCUUUGUGAGCAUGUGGAUGCAGUACGAAGAAUAUGAGGCUAGAUAGAGAAGAAAGUUGUGAUAUAAUGAAAAUGAUUAACUGUGUGAAAAUGGCCUGACUGAAGAGACAUGGGACAGAUGAGUACAUAGUUAUUUUAUUAUGAAAAUGCACACAAAGCAUAAUACAAAAGUAAAUGAAAUUUAGGCAAAAGCUGGAGUAGACGUUUUGGUAUAACGUUAGCUUAAGUAGCCUAAAAGUGGCUAAUGUUUGCUCUGGAGGCUAAUGCUUGUUUGGCUAGCUUAAACCUCAACAUCCACGUCGCUGUAACCACUUAGCUAGCUACCGAGCUCGCUGGAGUAACACUGAAGAUGUUUUCUGUAAGUUUAUCUAAGCAAUAUAGAGCGUUAUUUAACUUGAAAACUCACUGUAAUUGUGGUUUGGACACUAACAAUGCGUGAACUACAGUGAGGCUCAACAAAAUUAGAGCCAAAAUACAAUCAAUUUGAGUUCAUUAAAAGAGGAUCUAUUCCCUGUAUGCGGCUCCAUUUGUUGAUAAACCCCUUGAAAUAUGUAACACGUGUUUAAAACGGCUAAAUAAGGCAACAUUUCAAAUAAUCGGGGUAACAAGGGCCCAGAGUCAAAAGAUUAUUUUGCUCUUUUCUUUAGUUUACACACUUGUGAGGACCUUUCAUUGACAAAAUGUCAAAGUCCUUAACACUUACACCCAGUGAGAAUAGACCAAAAUGUCCUCCCAAGGUCCAAGUCCAUACUGGUCCUUUGUAAAACAAAGUCUGUUUUUUUCUAUCAGCUACAACUUCACAUUCACAAGUCACAUUUUAAUUGUAUACAGUUUUAUGUGUUUGUUUUCUUUUCUUUAAAAAAUGUGUUCUGUUUUGUUGAGUAAUGUAUAUUUGAUCUAACUGUUUCACUCACCUGUUAAAUUAUGUUAUGUAUGUAAAGCCAACCUCAUGCAUUGUGGACAGCGUUGUACAGUGCCAGUGUAUAUGGGGCUCAGGAGUGUGAAGACAUGUCGCCACCUAGGGGAUGAUUGUGGGCCACACAGGAUGAGAAGGCCAGAUUUGAACUUCAUGGUAUAAGUUUUGUUUGUUUUCCCUUUUGUCAUUGAGAUUCUUCCUUUUAAUUCUUCAAAUGAUUCAUUUAAUUACAAGUGUCUCAAAGGACAAUUUUAGAAAUUGAGUUCUGUUCGUCUCUUGGUGUUUAUUUGGAGAAGUUUUCUGAGGUGAGGAAUGUAAAAGAGCGUUUCUACUGAGAGCCACUGUGUUGAAUGCUGUGUAAACCUUUAUCAUUAGGUAUGCAGAUUGUAUGUAGUUUAUAUUGGUCAUGACUAUUUUUAUCACAGCAAAUAAAGUUAACUUAUUUGUG